CAAAAAAAAAUUGUUGGGUCUCUAUUUAUUUGUUAAUAGUUAAUUAUUUCCAUAUCCAAUUUUGUAUACUUAACAAUUAGUUUAAAAACUAUUUUUAGGCAAAACGUAAUUUAAUGGAAAUGUGCCGAUUAUAAAAAUAGUUGGAGAAUAAAACAUUUAUCUCAGAAGAUCCUCAAUCUUCACUUCAUCAACGGUUAAAACGGCGUCGUUCGGCAGAUAAACAAAUAUUUCGAAACUAAAACGACUUCGUUUAGGUCAGAUACAAAGUAUUUACCAUCAGAACGUCGUCGUUUUGCGCUUAAAAAUCGAUGGCUUCCCUCUCCGAUGUCUUUUCUCGUCUCCUCUCGCCGUCUCUCUCGCCGUCCCCACCGAGUCUGAAACCUACUUUCACUAGACCAUCUCCCCAGCUCUCCUUCAAGUCUGAUCACGAUGACGUCACCAACCGCGUGGCGUACCCUUCGCUGGCGAACGCGAACCUCGUCUUCUUCAAGUCGGGGAACUACAACGUGGAGGUGGUGCCGAAAGACGGCGAGACGGAGGAGCAGCUGGUGAACGAUUUCAAGAGAUCGGUGUUCAGAGCGGGCGUGCUGCAGGAGACGAGGAGGAGGCGGUUCUUCGAGAGCGCCCAGGAGAAGAGGAAGCGUAAGACCAAAGAAGCUGCUAAGAAGUAUCGUAAACGGAGGCCAAACCCUAAACCUAAACAGCAUUCAGCUCCCUCAGAAGUCACUAAGAGCAGAAGAGAAGUUGAAGAGGAUGAUAACUGGGAGCUUCCUCCCGAGGAAAUUGAGAUUCCGUAUACCGACCGGUUCUAGAGAUUAACCGGGAUUUAGAUUCCGGUUUAAUUAAGUGAAUAUAUAAUCCACUUUUUUUUGUAUGUCUCUUGAGAUGUUUGUAGCUUAACUCUCCUCACCCAACAAACUAAGUUAGAGAAAUUUGCAUUGCUCAGUGUAGAGGACAACAAUGUUGAACCUACAAGGAUGAAGCCUAGUUUCUGUCUUUAUAUAAUCAAAGGCUUUUCUGUUUUUUUUUUUUUUUUUUUUGUAAACUGAAAUCAGAGGCAUUUCAGUUCUUAGGAUCAAACUCUACUUCUGGUUUUGGUGUCUAUUUAGGUGGAAGUAUAUAUAGUCUCCUAACUAUGUAAAUCUUGCAAGCCAAUGGAUGCUUUGUGAACCAGAGAAUGGACUAUAUAUAUGUACAUAAUCUAUAACUUUGCCAACUUCUACAUGUUCCUGCUGUGAUUGUCUGGUGCAGUUUACCCACUUGUUUCCAGCAUCUUUUCUUUACUGCAGAUUCUUGAGG